UAAUGGACUGGUCUAUGACGUUUUUCAGAGUCGUUCACUUAUUUAUUAUAGUAUAGUGCGGUGUACCUACGAUUAGUUGGAUAUUAACAAUUGAAUUCUUCCUAUUUUAUGUGUAUAAAUUAUAAGUAUUACAAAAAUGACAGAGGAAAAACCCAAGUUUGAUUAUCAUGAAGAAACACACAGCGAGAAGUUAACUCGCAAAUCAAAAGAAUCUCCAUUCAUGAUUAUUGGAUUAUCGGCCCUAGCGGCAGCAGUUGGCUAUGGUGUGUAUAAAUACAAACACAGGGGCGCUAUGAGCACAAGCGUGUUCCUCAUGCAGUUCCGCGUCAUAUCACAAGGUGCCGCUGUUGGGGCCCUCACUGUUGGCAUGGCUUACUCUCUCUACAAUAAUCAUUUUAACAAAUCUAAACAUAACGAACAUUGAAUUUAGACAUUUAGAAUCCAGCUACCUAACUCCUAACGAAAGCCGGCUUGGUAAUUGGCCCGCCAUAGGCACUAACUUCCCGCCAGCGUAUACCGUUAGCAUAGGUGGGGCACCAUUACCUUAUCAUCCAUUAAAAAAAAAUCGCCACCCCUAAGGCCGAUACUGCUUCUAUUUCUUAGGCGUUUAUACCUAAUUUGCAAACUAACAGUAGCAUUGCUCUUCGUUAUUUGGCAGUUAUUCGUUUCGGUCCAUGAUCCUGAACGAAAACUCAUACUUGAUGUUAUGUACUGUAAUGUAUAUUAAUAUUAGGUAAGUAAACAAAAUAUUAAUACUCUUCUUUGUUAGCUGGAUCCGUAUGUAUGAAAUUUUAUCUAUCUUUAAAUUAUGCUAUAUUGUAAAUUGUUUUGUUGUGUAAAUAUAUUUUAAGUAAAAUUUUACAACAAUUUAA